CAAAGGUGUUGUUUUCUUUGCAAUAGAAACACACCAAAUUCUCACUGUAAGAGUACGAACAAGGUGUGAAGCUCGAAAAUGUCUUCAUCAGGAGGCAGAGGAAGCCAGGAAGAGGAGAAGAAGGGCUCUGAUCAAGGAGCACAUAUCAAUCUCAAAGUCAAGGGACAGGAUGGUAAUGAGGUUUUCUUCAGGAUUAAAAGAAGCACUCAGCUGAAGAAACUCAUGAAUGCAUACUGUGAUAGACAAUCUGUAGAUUUUAGCUCAAUUGCUUUCUUGUUUGAUGGAAGAAGACUUAGAGCUGAACAAACCCCAGAUGAGCUAGAGAUGGAAGAUGGGGAUGAGAUAGAUGCAAUGUUACACCAAACUGGAGGUGGAUAUAAAUUUCUUUGAAUGUAUGUUUAUCUAUUUCUGAAUGCAUGAGAAACCAUUGGUAUUUGGUGCUUGUUUCAAGGUUUAUAUUUUGAUAUGAUAUUUAUGAUUAUGAUGUUAAUGUAAAAAGUGGACAAUUUUCAAUAUGAAUUUUCCAUAUUUACUGAUGUUU